CGGCCGCUGCGGCCGACCGGGAUGUGAAUGGGCUGAAGUACCGCCGCGGCCUGAGUGGGGUCCGCGAGCUCAGUCUGCAGUUCCGCGGUAGCGAACAGCCGGAGAGCGGACUGGCCGGGGAGCUCGCCGGGUUCGCGGGUGCCGCGCUGCGGCCAGGGCCCGGCGCUGCGAUUCGGGUUUUGACUGAAGCAUUUACUUCUGUUGAAGAAAAGAGGGAACUGGGCUUAAAUUUUCUAUAAGAAAUGAAAGUGUUGCUUUUCAACCAUGUACACCCAUAAUAUUGGAGUGAGCAGACAUUCCGUUCUCCCUCCCAUUGUUCCUGACAGUGAUAAGAAAUUUUUAGACAAUAUACAAGGAUACAUCAUUACAGAAAUUGAAAAAGUGGGUUGUACAGAACAAGGACCAGCUGAGGAGUAUUACAUUAUAUACAGUAAUGUUUUUGACAAGAUAAUAGAGCAUGUUACUGUGUACAAGAACAUUCUGACUUCAGUCAAACAGGAGUAUGAUGCAUUUAUUGAAGCAAUAAAAAAGGGCCAAAGGAAUGCAUUUUAUCUUCAUGGAAAAUUGAAAGUUCUGGCAUCUGAGCCUACAACUCUAAUAUAUUAUAGAAAAAGAACAAUCCAACUUGAAGACAAGAUAAAAGUUAUCGAGAGAAAUUCUGCUCGAAUUCAAAAUCUGAUAUUGAAAAUAAGAAAUAUUAAGAAAGUGCCCUCUACAGAAGCUUUGACUCCAAGAAAAAAGAUAAACCCUGCUAAGCCUAUACCAGGUCUGACUGUAAAAGAAUCUCUCAGCUUAGAUGCUCUUUCUAGACACCUUGCUCAGCUAGAAGGGAGAGUGCAGGAACUGAAAGCAGACAUGAUAUCAAAAUACAUUCCUCUGGAGAACAAGGCUGGCCUAGAGCAGGAACUCAAGCACUCAUUGGAACUACGAGAUAAGGCAGAGGCAGUGAAUGAGAAACUGAGACUUAGUUAUAAUAGAAUUACAUUGGUUGCAAAUGCUGUGUCUGCCUGGGCAAAAUCUGACAAGAGCACCUCCUUGCAAGAACUACUCUCUCAAGUCAUGGAAAAGAAGGAAGUUGUAAAAGCUGCUGCUGCCUUUAGCAUCUCUCAUAUAUUUGAACAUGACCCCAGCAAGAGUAAAGAGGCUGAAGAUUUGCUUGAAUAUAUUGAAAGAUUCAAUGAAUUAUUUUCAUAUGGUCAGUAUGAGGCUGCAGCAGUUUAUGCUGCAAACUGUCCUAGAGGAAUUCUCCGCAAUGAAGAAACCAUGAUGAAAUUUAAGGCUCUUGGUGCUGUUAAAGGGAGGAUUCUACCUUUGCUGAGAUAUUUUGAGGCCCUCAUAAGCUCAAGUGCUGCAGUUAAACACCCUCUGUGUGCAGCCAUGACUCUGGAAGCAAUCAAAUGUGCAUUGUUUGAAAAACAGUUAAAUCUCGUUAUGCACUGGGUCACACAGCAAAGGCUGACGUUUUGUGAGGCAGCAGGGGAUGUGAUUUAUGACUAUGGGGAAGUGGAACCAUUCAACAAGUCCAAGUGCUUGGCUUUGGCUCAGAUUGCCUACAGUCAGUGUGGCGUGCACAAGAAAGCUGCUCUGUGCUUGUGUAAACAGGGCCAAAUUUGUGGAGCAAUGGAUUAUAUACAGCAAUUCAAACAGCUCACUUUAGAUGAUUACUUAUUCCUACUGAAAAACUGUCCUAGUAUUGAGCUAAUUCAUUGUCUAACUCAAGAGUGGAAUGAGAAACCAGCAUUAUUAUCCAUUGGGGCUACGAUCCUCUCACUCAUUGAUACUGAUCACAAAGAGCAUGGUUUACAACUGUUAGAGGAAAUAAACACGGGUGAGAAGAACGCACUGGAACAAGUUAUUUUAAAUGAUACGGUCUGUACCUUGGAAGGUUGGAAGAAGAUCGCAGAUACAUGUGCAGAAAAUAAGCAUGAAAAAUUAUCUCAAGAAAUUCUCUCGAUCCUUACCUCACAGGAAGGAGUGGUUCAGAUUUCUCCAUUUGAUGAUGAUGAUGAUGUAAAGAUAAUGGAACACGUUUUCUUGUAGUUCUUCUGUAAAGCAAUUGGUGGAGCUCUAACAACAUUCAACCUAAGCAUCGUUUUAGUUGCUUCUAUGAAUUAU